ACCGGACCUCAUCCCCUUGCGGUCGGCAGGACCCGGCUGUCCGCUCGAUGGUUGAUGCACAGCUUUCUGCGACGUUGUGCACGUUAACUGUUAACUACGUCUGUUUCUGGUCUGUGAAAUGGACGUAAUGAUACAUGCACUGUCUGUCGCGUCUGAUGCAUUUCUGUAUAAGGUCACUGCAUGGUAUCACACUUAUCAACUCCUGUUCUGUGGCUGGACAGGCUAGGAUGGUGCCCUGCUAGGUUUUUUUGUUUUGCUUUGUUCUUCAUUUGUUUGUUUUAAUGAAGUUAUAAACAGUAAUUCUGAAUGACCCAAAAUUAUCAAGCGGUAUAUGUUGUAGGGGCGGGGGAAGGAGGCACUGGCUAAUGAAAUCUGUGAAUCAGAAGGCCUCCAGGUUCUAGUAACCAGAUCAUGACCAAGAGAAGCAAGUCACUGAGUGUGAAAAACUAUAGCCAUGGGAUCCCCCAAAUCUGAGAACAAAAAGAGAGUCCUUCCCUCAUGGAUGACAGCCCCUGAGGAUGAGCGGAGAGAGCUGUCAGCAAAGACACCCAAAAGGAAGAGGAGAGCGGCUGUGCAGGAGGGGGUAGCAACAAGGGCCCCUGCCACGAAGACUGUGUACUGCAUGAAUGAAGCUGAAAUGGUUGAUGUGGCCCUGGGGAUCCUGAUCGAGGGCCAAAAACAGGAAACGGCGUCUCUGGUGACCACUGAUAAACUGCAGCUCUCCCCUCCCUACUCGGCGUCUCCUCACACCAGUUCCCCCGGGAGCAGCAGCGAGGAAGAGGGCAGUGGGAGCAGCUCGCCUGCUCUAGACCUGAGCCCUUCCCAGGGGCCAGAAGCCACCGACUCACCCUGCAGCAGCAGCCCGAAGGACGAAAAGGAGGAGGAAGAUGUGUUAAAGUAUGUCAGGGAGAUAUUUUUCAGUUGAUGUGAACUGUUCAUUGGACUCUCUGCUGAGAGCGGAGGGGUCUGUUGAGAACUCAGGAUACUGCCUACCUCUGUCACCCUUGAAAACCAGGCCUUGCUCCAGCUUCCAGUCCCAGGAGGCUUUCAUGGGGGGAGGGCUUUUCUGAAUGGGGGGACAUAUUGCAGGAUGCACAAAUGCAUCCCAGUAGAGUCUCUAACUCAGAGGGUCUGGCUUCCCAGCCCUGGGUUUUAUUCAAGUACCAGCAAAAAUGAGGUCAGGGGCUCACUUGCUGGAAGCAAAUAAAGUUAUAGCUGCUGAGGACACCGGCAUUCCAGAUAAGCAGCCAGAGCUCACCCUAAGGAGGAGGCCUGCACACAGUCUCCUCAUGACACAGUCCAGCAACCGACUCCCCCCUCCAGCCUAAAAUCCUGGGAGCUGCCCACUGUUGCCUAAAAUCCUGGGAGCUGCCCACUGUUCCCCGCCAGACUAACAGCAGGGCGUUCUCCCAGACUGGUGA